GGUCCUCGGGGUGUAUGUGACAGGGAGCGAGAACUAUGACACGGGGGACACUUGCCUUGGUCCUGAUUGGGGUGUCAGUGUGCGCUGUGGCUGGGUUGCGGUUGUGGCCAGUGCCAUACAGACGAUUUGACUACCGUCCUAAGUCGGAUCCCUACUGUCGAGCCCAAUAUACAUUUUGCCCUACUGGAUAUGCAGAUGGCUCUAUUCCCUUGAUGAAGGAUGAAGACACUAUUGAGGUUUUCCGACUACAAGCACCAGUUUGGGAAUUCAAGUAUGGAGAUCUGCUCGGUCAUUUUAAAAUUAUGCAUGAUGCGGUUGGAUUCAAGAGCUCCUUGACGGGGAAAAAUUACACUGCAGAAUGGUAUGAGCUUUUCCAACUUGGUAACUGUACAUUCCCUCACCUACGGCCUGACAUAGAGGAACCAUUCUGGUGUAACCAGGGAGCGGCCUGCUUCUUUGAAGGAAUAGAUGAUGAACACUGGAGGAGUUAUGGCACUUUAGUUCCAGUAACAACAAUCUCAGGCUCCAUGUUUAACCAGUUGGCAAAAUGGAUAAAAGAAGAUAACAACACUGGCAUUUACUAUGAGACAUGGACUGUGAAGGAAUCGGUGUUACCUAAUUCAACUUUGUGGUUUGAUUCCUACGAUUGCAGCAAAUUUGUGCUCCGAACCUACCAAAAGUUAUCAGAGCUCGGCGCCACCUUCAAGAAGAGCGUACAAACAAAUUAUACUCGCUUGUUCUUGUAUAGCGGAGAGCCCGUGUACCUGGGGAAUGCAAGCUCUAUUUUUGGCCCACAUGGGAACAAGCCACUAGCAACAGAAAUUCGCAAGUUUUACUUCCCUUACAGACCUCAUCAAUCAUUUAAAGAACUUCUUUUAAGCAUUCUUGACAUAUAUGGGGAAUCCGUUUUACAGAAGGCAUUUUAUUUGUUUUAUAAUUUUGAAUAUUGGUAUUUACCUAUGAAACCUCCUUACAUUACGAUUGCAUAUGAAGAAAUCCCUCUGCCAUACAGAUAGGUUCUGACUGGUCUGCCAUAUAAAUCAUUCCAUGUGUCUAUCAGUGACUGGCUCAAUUGCAUGAC